CACCUAGACAAAAGAGUCGGCCUCGCCUCCUCACACCCCACUCGACAGGCUCCACACCGGACCAGCUCGCCGCCACCACCGCCCCGCCGCGUCCCGCGCCGCGAUCAACCGCCACUCCCUCCUCGCCUCUCGCCGGCGGCCUCCCCGCCACCGCCAUGCAGGCCCGCGUCGUCGUCUUCCCCAUCAGGGGCCGCGCCUGGUGCUUCGCCCGCCCGCGCCCCGUCCUACCCGCCACCUCCGCCUCCGCCUCCGCCGCGGGCAGCGGCGCCCUCCCGCCGCCGCCCACCCUCAAGGACCUCUGGCUCGGGGUCUCCGCCGGCGGCCGCACGGCGCCCGAGAACGCCGAGGCCGUGGCCGACUUCGUCGCCGACAAGAUGAACAGGGCAUGGAUUGGUUUCGGCAGCGCGCCAGAGGGAUCAGUAAAGAGGCGGAUCCACAGCUUCGGGUUAAAGCUGCUUUCGCGGGUGCGGCCAUCAGAGACUCUGUUGAAGUCACUGACCAAGGAUGUCUCCAUGCUUGAAAUUGUCCACCCUGCAAGUAUAAAUCCUCGUCUCGUGCGCCGACGCCUGCGGCACAUUGCUGUUAGGGGUGCAGCUAUUCACAAAAAAUAUCUGUAUGGCAGCAUUUGCAUGCUUCCUGUAACGAGCGUUUUCAUGGUACUCCCUUUGCCAAACAUACCAUUUUUUUGGACGCUGUUUCGAGCUUAUUCUCACUGGCGAGCUCUCCAGGGAAGCGAGAGGCUCCACUUGCUAGUUUCAGACUGCUCAGGUGAAGGGAAAACCCUUCUCGAGAAGAAAAAUGGAAUGAGUACAAGAAAGGAUGGCGACUCACAGUAUGCUCCUUGGAACUUUCAGCCAUCACAGAAGCUCGAUGGGUUCCUUGAGAGGAGAGGCUUGGAUGAGGGUCUGGAUUGCGACACUAUUUCAAGGAUAUGCCAGACGUACGACUUGGACAAGGUUGAUGUCCUGAAGUACAGGGAUCUGGAGUGGCCUAGCUCAGCUUCUCGCACUACCUAGGGAUUCUUUGCCCACCGAUGUCUGUACGGUAAAACAACUCUACUGGAUGAUAACUGCUGGAGGGUGAUCAGGCUGGAUCUUUUUUGCUUGGGACAUGAACAUUUAACCGGCAUGGCGGAUCAUGCGGUGCCCGCAUUAAUCUGCCGCUAGCUUAGAAAGCUGAGAAACGAAGAGGACCUCUGAAACCGUAGCAACCCCAUAUGGUGACCCCCGUUGCUCUGUACCCAGAGUGUAAAUAGAGUUUGGUGGUGACCUUCUACACCUGCCGUUUCUUUACCAUUUCAGCACCUCUCGGUGAUAGGAGUCCGUUUGCCUGCUCAAGUCAACAGCUGGGUACUGAGGUUGAACAUGACCUUUCUUAUUUUUGUUUUCUUCUGUCUAUGCAUCUGAAUUCUGAAUCCAUCUUCGGUCAGAUCUGAAUCUUGCCAGGAUCUUGUCUCUGCAAAGCAAGCAGAAAAGAAACUGGUCUUUAUGCUGAUGUGUUUGUGGUGAUUUUCACUUUGAAGACCA